AUGGCCGCGCCGGCUGAGACUCUUCUGGUGUGGGUCCUGCUGCUGACUCAGGUCGUGCCGUGCCCCCACCCGACGUCAGGUCACCACGCCUGCUCCGUCCGACGCUCCUAUGUCGCCAGAAAGAUCAUCGAGUCGCGCUGGCUGCCGGUGGUGGCCCGGUACAACGUCUCGCUGCCCCUGCAGUGUCCCCUCCACCCGGCCCGGCUGCAGUACUCUCACCUGCCGCGGCGUCGGCACGGCCAGCGCUGGCGGUGUCCCGUGUGCGGCCGCCAGUUCAGCAGGGAGGUACUGGUCGAGUACCACCACCGGGCCGAGCACGCGGCGCCGCCGGACCGGCAGGAUGAGACGCUGGUGUGCGCUGCCGACCUGUGCGACAUUCUCCGCUGCAGCGUCUACUCGUACGUCCUCACCUCGAGCCGCGCCGACCUCGAGAGCACCGAGCUCGAGACAGUGGCGCCCUCAGCAGAGGCGCGGCGCGCCGUCCAGCCGGCUCGCCCGCGCCACCUGCAGAAAUAUUCACAGGCUCGAGUGCUGGCCGCGACCGAUAGAGGGCAGUGUGCUCGCUGUGUGAGCUCCGGUCCGGACGGAGCGGAGCGCUGCUCCGGCCGGCGGCCGGCGGACAAUGCGAGUCUAUCUCGGACGGAGGCCUGGUGGUGGACGCCGUACGCCUGGUGGUGGGUGGGUGACGUCACACCGCCGGCGAGUGAUGACGUCACGGCCGAGUGUGAGGAGGAGCGCGAGGAGGGUGACGUGGAGGACCCGGCGUGCGACCCCAGCACCAUGGAGCGGCUCAGGAAGACGUGUGAGACUCUCAUCACUAACUGCGUGCUGCCGCUCAUUUUGCAAUUAUCGCCGGCCGAGUUUCGGGCCAUGAGUGAGGAGCUGAGUGGCGCCACCUGCUGGUACCUGACCUGCGACCGCUACUGGGAGCGCUCGUUCGUGGUUCACCGCGCUCUGCCCUGGGGGUCCAUUGUCGUGGCGCUCUGCCUUCUCACUCUGCUGCUCUGCUAUUUCUACUACCUGCUCUGCUUCGCCAGGGGGGAGAAGCGGCCGGAGACGGGCAGGGAGUUUAUCCAGGUCAAGUGUCCGCACGAGCUCAAGCGGCGCCUCCUGGAGCGAACAGUGAGCCGUGAGCCAGCCCGACCAAGCCGGCCCAACGACCUGUUCGCUAUAUACGACGGCGACUACGAGCUGGCAGCGCCCAACCACGUGGACUACUAGAUAUGUGGCGGGGAGGGAGACUAGAGGACUACUAGGACAGGAGACGGGCAAGGAGGGGGCGUAUCAGUCGCGUACUAUAGACACCGGACGUGGGAUGAUAAAAGAAGGUACGCAGUUCAAGUGUGCAGCUGUAGAUAGUUCUGACACACCCAGGAAGCGAGCGUUCUAUGCGUCACGAGAACAGAAUCAGACUUCAUUUUGGGUUUGCCGUCAUAAGACACUACAAAAUCAUGUCUACUAAUCUAGUCCUAUAUGGACCCAACAAAAGUACCCCGACUUAUUGAAUCCAAUUGUCCAGUUGUCCUAAGGAUGCCCAAUGCGCUGCCUUCUUUCGUCGGCGAUGGUGACAAGUGACAUACACUUGCGACCAUAUUCUUCAAUCAUCAAAGCAUGUCGAGCGUAUGGAUAUAUAUGUGUGUGUGCUCUUGUGCGUGUGUGGAUUCGACUUUAGGCGUAGUUGGGCGAGUGCGACCUACAGUAAUGUUGGUCGACUAAGUCGAUAAGUAUAUCCGAAGGACGGAACCCUACGCUGCCACUGACGCCUACCACAUACGCUUAAAUAUCUCGCGGCUAUCAUGUCGCCUUUUGUACUAUUUUCGCCACUAGGCUACUUCGUAAGGAUUCCCCGCACUUUGGACAGUGUGGGCUUUGCGGCCGUGCAAUCUUAGGAACCAUAUGCACGCUUGUCGCUUGAUGUUGCAUGUGAGUCUCUGUGUGUAUCUGCUCCCGCGCUUGGUGGCUGUAUUGAUCUCAUCUCCCGUUUUCAUAGUGUCUCCCGUUAUUUGCUCCCAGUGAAAACAUGAUAUUAUUUCAGCGCGUGCGGUGAUCAGCUCAAGUAUGAAAUGUUUUGCGAGGCUGUUAGUGAAUCUCACUGUAUUUAUUAUGCUUUCACCUGGCGAUUAAGUUGCAUUGAUAUUUCGAUGGAGAAAGAGUAAAUAUGUCGAGAACCCGUCAUCAUUGCAAAAUAAAACAUUUU